ACCCCGUCCCUAUCUGCUCGCCUGUCGCCGCCGUGCAUUUCUGCCUUUUCUUUUGUCUCUUUCCCCCGCGCGGGUGUGGGGAUUGUUGGUGAACAAACGUGCAGCCUCAAGAUGGCUGAUGGCAACGAGGAUCUGGUGAGCGACACUCUGCCAGGGCCAGCCUACGAGAGCAGUGCUGGAGCUGCCUCGGCCUGCCGAGCGGCAGGGUUGCCGUAGCCGUCGGUAUACAUUUGGGCGCCACACAUGUUCGUCUGGGGCGGCUACAAGAGUAAUCAAGUCAGAGGAUUGUAUGACUUUUAUCUGCCUAGAGAAGAACUAUGGAUCUACAACAUGGAGACUGGAAGAUGGAAGAAAAUUAACACAGAAGGGGAUGUUCCUCCUUCGAUGUCAGGAAGCUGUGCGGUGUGUGUGGACAGGGUGCUCUACUUGUUUGGAGGACACCAUUCAAGAGGCAAUACGAAUAAGUUCUACAUGCUGGAUUCAAGGUCUACAGACAGAGUACUACAGUGGGAAAGAAUUGAUUGCCAAGGAAUUCCUCCAUCAUCAAAGGAUAAACUUGGUGUCUGGGUAUAUAAAAACAAGUUAAUAUUUUUUGGAGGUUACGGAUAUUUACCUGAAGAUAAAGUAUUGGGAACUUUUGAAUUUGAUGAAACAUCUUUUUGGAAUUCAAGUCACCCAAGAGGAUGGAAUGAUCAUGUACAUAUUUUAGACACUGAAACAUUUAUCUGGAGUCAGCCUAUAACUACUGGUAAAGCACCUUCACCUCGCGCUGCCCAUGCCUGUGCAACUGUUGGAAACAAAGGCUUUGUGUUUGGAGGCAGAUAUCGAGAUGCUAGAAUGAAUGAUCUUCACUGUCUUAAUCUGGAUACGUGGGAGUGGAAUGAAUUAAUUCCACAAGGCAUAUGCCCAGUUGGCCGAUCUUGGCAUUCACUAACACCAGUUUCUUCAGAUCAUCUCUUUCUCUUUGGAGGAUUUACCACUGAUAAACAGCCACUAAGUGAUGCUUGGACUUACUGCAUCAGUAAAAACGAAUGGAUACAGUUUAAUCAUCCCUAUACUGAAAAGCCAAGAUUAUGGCACACAGCUUGUGCCAGUGAUGAAGGAGAAGUCAUUGUUUUUGGUGGAUGUGCCAAUAACCUCCUUGUCCAUCACAGAGCUGCACACAGUAAUGAAAUACUUAUAUUUUCAGUUCAACCAAAAUCUCUUGUAAGGCUAAGCUUAGAAGCAGUCAUUUGCUUUAAAGAAAUGUUAGCCAACUCGUGGAACUGCCUUCCAAAACACUUACUUCACAGUGUUAAUCAGAGGUUUGGUAGUAACAACACUUCUGGAUCUUAAGGCUUCAUAGAUAAUGCCUCUGAUCACCUUGCAUGGACAGCAAUUCUGUAAACAUCAGAGAGUGGCAUCGUUUGUAUAAUUAUAUGCAUUGUUGUAGUUUGCAGCUUUUUGGUUUUAAUGUGCAUGUGAAUGGCCUAGAGAACCUAUUUUUGUGUCUAAAGUUUACAAUAAAUGUAUUUAACACCAG